GCCCGAUUACAUUCCAGGUAGCAAAGAAGAACCUCGUGGCGAAUGGCUUGCGGUUCUCUCAAAUUACACAUGGAUUCUUUUGGACCCGUACAUCGACGCUCCUGCUUCUAAAUCAUCGCAAAAAACCUCAUCAAGUCAUGAUGAGAAAGACUUCCUGUCCUGCGUUCACGAUAUGUUCAAGGAGCCUGAGCGUUUUAUCUUUACCCAUUUACCAGAUGAUGAACACUGGCAACUACUGGCUCGUCAGGUCUCAAGAGAAGAGUAUGCUGGCCUUCCUGUAGUUCGCGAAGCAUUUUUCGAUCUACAUCUGAGGUUGAAAAAGCUGUUAUAAAUCUAUGAUAUAUAACACUAACCCUGAGUUUUGCAUGUCACUUAUUUACCCAGGGGGUAGAUAUUUGAAGUUUAAAUGUGAGCUUCAAGCAGAUGAUAACUCGAUUACUGCAAAACGACUACGUAUGUACCACUUUCUUGAAAAUGUAUUGAGUACAAACAGUGUUAAUAUCAGACUAAGAUUUCCAAGUAAAGGGCACUUUGUUUUGAAUGUCUUUGCAACGGAAGAAAAUAACGGUUGGCGAAAUGUAUUGACAACGAGAAUAAUAAAUGAGGCAGAGGAUACCCAGGAAGCUUAUCCAGAAAACCCACGCGAUGAGUGGGGACCCGGCGUAGAUGCUAUGAAAAUGGGUUUCGUACCAAAGUCACAUCACAGCGGUGAAAUAUGUGUUCAAACUGGUGUCAUUCAGAUAGUGUUCAGAUGCGAGACCUCGAUACACUUGAGUCAUUCACUCUUGCGCUGUGAUACUCGAAUUGAUCGUAACUCUUUCAAGGUGAGUGUAUUGAGAGACAAAAACAAUGACGUGAUAUUGAUCGUAGACAUUGAUACAAAAUCUCAGGGAAUAUUCAUUUUGCAAUUAUUAGCAAGAAAAAGUAAAAAUGAACAGAUCUCAAAUAUCUGCAAUUACUUAAUCAGAAAGGAGAAGCCACAGUGUGUACCUAAACUAGAGUUUGUGACCAACAAUAAGAUCUCAGAGAAAACCAAUAUCACCGCACCUGAAAGUGGUUGCUUACAAAUGACUGUUGAAGCUCAUGGUAUGGUUGAGAUGGUCGUUGAGUUGAAACUGCAGGAUAUUCAAGAAUUAAAUUUUUCAGAACAUUCCCGACAUUGGAUACGUGAUAAUCGCUGUUUCAUAGACCUAAACUUUCCAAGACGAGGGACAUAUACAUUGCUAGUACGUGGAAAAGAAUUAUAUGAUGGUCGGAUGCGACAUAUUCAACAAGAAACUAUUAUAGUCGACGUCCCUUCUAAACGCUGGUCAUGCUUUCCAAAAGUUGGAGUACACUGGAAUUCAUUUUAUCGCAUUGACUCUCCGCUUACUCAUAACUUGAAGGAAAAAGAAGACGUUACGUUUUUAGUAGAAGUCUUCUAUGCUCAAGAUGUCGCUGUUUUAGCAGCAAAUGGCUGGUACCACUUGGAUAGACUUGGUGAAAGUUGGCUUUGGAAAGGACAUGUUUGGACUGGACCUAAAUCAACUCGAUCUCAAUUGCUAGCACGAUUUGAAGUCGGGUCUCCUAAAUGGUCCGAACUCCUUUUGUUCAAGAUUUUGGCAGAACAUGAUUUUGAACGUCUAGAAGAACGCCAGGAAAAUGCUAGAGCGUUAGCUUCGAACAUAAAAAAAUUGUCUAAUUAACUCUGAUCAAAUCUAGUCGGAACAAGUACUUUAUACGAUCAUAUUAGCUAGUUUUUUAAUGUUCCAGAUUGUAGGUAUGGUGGACGUUAA